AUGUCUUUUCAUUUUGGAGAACCAACUCAAAGAAACGAUAGAAGAAAACGUCGUCGACGUUCGUUUGUCGACCACGCCAUGACCGUAACGGUUUCUGAUGAACAACAAUCACAACACCAUCCAAAUCAGUUGUCACUCACAUAUUCAUCACAAUCGCCAACGUUAUUGUCGACGGGGGCCCAAAAUUUAUCCAUAUCAAUACCAACCGCGAGUUUCGAUGACACCCAUUUUCCGGAGGGCUGUACUCCUAUUCACCGAGGACAGCACAAACCCAGUGUCAAGGAGGCCGUCGUCUCUUAUCAUGGUGGUUUAGCACAACAACUGAACAAAGAAGGGGUCCAAUGCAUCCAUCGUGGACUAUAUGAAGAGGCUGUUUCCAAAAUUGCUAGAGCUAUCCAGUUAUUUCACUCUGAUGGUGACUUGUCUAACAGGUCCUCCAUCUCUCUCGGUGCAAUCCUGAAUCAUCACUUCCAACAGCCAUCUCCUGGGAGCUCGACACCAUCAUUGACAGAAACAAAUCCAGAUGAUAUUGACGACAGGAAUGACGUGGAAACCUCUAGAGAAAGAGAUGUGUCUGAUGAUACUGACGGUGAUUUUGUUUACAGCAGUGGGAUCAUGUUGCCGUCAAAAUUCCAAUCUCAUGCAACGGGAGAAACCCUUCUUGUUGUUCUUUCCUUCAACCUGGCACUUGCUCAUCAUCUGUCCUGGACUACCAGGGAGGCUGCUUCGGAUACAUUGAGAUUAAGCCAUAUGGUUCAGUUGUACGAGCUAGCUUACAGGCUUGCAUUUCAAAUCCAGGCCAACAGCUCCGACGAUGACAUUUCACCUGAAUUCAGUGAAAUCUGCAAUAUGAGAUUCACCUUGAUCAUCAUCAACAACUUGUCACAAAUCUAUCAAGCUUUAAAUGGUGAAGACAAUUACCAUAGGGUAUUGGAAGGUCUGCUGAGUCAUUUGAUGGUGGUAGCCGUCGUGCAACAACAACACUCAAGAUUCGCCACUGCAGAUCGCAACAGAGGAGGGGUGGAUAGAUACGGUGCAGCAAGCAUUGCAAUCAACCUGGAUGGAUUCUUUCAAAAUGUUUUGCCAUUGCUAUUGAAAAGAAAUAGUGCUGGAGCAGCCUAA